AUGACCGAGCACGAAAUGCAUCGUGAUGAUGGCCAGCAGAAGCCUAGUCUUCGUCUUGUUGCCGAAACACACCAGCAUCCUCUGAGGACGGAGAGUGACGAUGAAAGGAGACGAGCGCAACGGCCUUCUGGACCAUCUCCCUCUUUACCGUCGUCCUCCUUCUUCUCCGCAGUCCAGUGGACGGCCGACGGUACAGCCGCCAUAGUCGAUGGGUCUGACCAGACGGUCCACGCUUUUGUCUUACCCGACGAUCUUCUCGAGCGAGAAGAAGAGGAUGAGCACACAGCACGAGGGACCCGUCGAUUGACACCCCAAGGGACCACUAAGCUGCCUGAGCCGACGCAGAUCACUGUGCCGGCGCCAUACUUUUCCCUGCGUGAUGCUACGACCCAGACUUUCCUGGCCGCCUGCCGAGACCACCCAAUCCAACUGUACGCCGUGUUCCCACCGGACAACGACAAGGAGGUCUGCGCCGCUCGUCCGCUGAGUACCUACAAGCUCAUCAAGACAGAGACAGAGCAAUUCAUCUCCCCUUCGUCUCUCCUGUGGGAGUAUCCGGGCACCCACUUCCUGUGCGGCUCGGCCAACCGCCUGGACCUGUUUGACGUGUCGGGCCAUACGUCCGACGGCCCAAUCGUCACGGUGCCCACAACGCCCUCGCGCCGCCACAUCUCACACGAGAGCGGCGUGGGCAUGAAGGGCACCGUGUCGGCCCUCUCGGCGUCCCGACCUGACGAUGCUUCCCCCACCUCUGUCAUCGCCGCCGGUACCUGGUCCCGUAUGGUAGGCCUGUACGACAUGUACCGCACCGAUAAGACGAUUGCAAACUGGAGUGUGGCGCAUGCCGCCCAAGAGGUCCGCGGCCGUGGCCUGGGAGGUCAGGGUGUAGUCCAGACGAUAUGGAGCCCGUGUGGUCGCUACCUUGUCAUCAAUGAGCGCCAUGCAACUGGCCUGCUGGUCUACGAUAUACGCGUAACGGGCCAGCUUCUCAGUAUUCUCAACGGGCGUGCCACUGAUUCACAACAGCGCAUGCGCUGUGACGUCUAUCAGGGCGAGCAAGGGGGGUUUGAGGUCUGGGCCGGUGACCAGCACGGCCGCGUUCACGUGUGGGAUAACGUUGGUCUCCACGGCGAUGUUGAUACCCAACCUUCUUGGGGAUGGGGGCUGCAUUCCUCGCCUGUCGGAAGCACGGCUCUGCACCCCAGCGGCUCCGUCGUGGCUACGUGCUCGGGUGGGUGGGAGCACCGCAGGGAAUAUGAGGAUGACCUCGACAGCGACAACGACAGCAGUAGUGACGGCAAGUUGAAACAAAAAGGUACCGGGACUACCGUACUUGACGAAUCUUCGCUAAAAAUAUGGUCCAUCGAGCCCUCUGAGAUGCAAUACUCCUGA